GAAGAAGGAAGAAGAAGAAGAAAUGGCUACUACUACUUCAUUACUCCAUACCUACAAAAUCGAACAGCCUCACAAUUCAAUCAAUCGUCUUCACAUCCUAUUCCACACCAUAGCCGUCACCGCACUUCUCUACUACCGAAUCUCCAACUUAUUCUCCGUCUCACAGAAGUUUCCAUGGGCGCUAAUGUGUCUCGCCGAGCUUCUAUUGACCAUUCUAUGGCUUCUCCAGCAGCCGUUCAAGUGGAGGCCGGUUGUCCGAGAAGUGUACACUGACAAUUUACCUACACAGUUGCCGGCGGUUGACGUCUUCAUAUGCACAAUCGAUCCGACGAAAGAGCCGGUGGUGGAUGUUAUGAAUACGGUUAUAUCCGCGAUGGCGAUUGAUCUUCCGCCGGAUAAGUUGGCAGUUUAUUUGUCCGACGACGGUGGCGUGCCGCUUACGAGUUUCGCUGUCAAGGAGGCAGGUAAGUUUGCGAAAUCGUGGGUGCCGUUUUGCAGGAAGUACGGAAUCAAGGCGAUUUGUCCCAAGGCAUACUUCUCAAGAAUGGCGGAUGAUGAACGUCUUCUUCACAGCUCAGAUUCUCAGUUUAAAGAUGACGAGUUACAUAUCAAGGUUUUUUUUUCGAAACUGUAUGAAGAAUUUGAGAGUAUUUUGGAAAAGGCUCGCGAAAGGUUUGAUGACAGUGUUGUCUCAGAUCGGCCACCUUGUGUUGAGAUAAUACAAUCAUAUCGGAGCGAUGAUCAAGCCGGUAUGCCAAUGCUCGUCUAUGUCUCACGAGAAAGGAGACCGUCACGACCUCAUCGCUUCAAAGCUGGAGCUCUAAAUGCUCUUCUUAGGGUUUCUGCAGUAAUGACCAGGGCUCCUUAUAUACUUGUAUUAGACUGUGAUAUGCUUUGCAAUGAUCCAGCUUCAGCCAAGGAAUCAAUGUGUUUCCUUCUUGAUCAGAAGAUGUCCAAAUCCCUUGCUUUUGUUCAGUUCCCUCAAAUCUUUCAUAAUUUGGGGAAGAAUGAUAUCUAUGAUGCUCAAGGGAGGGCAACAUAUAAGUCACAAUGGCGUGGAAUGGAUGGGCUAAGAGGUCCAUUCUUAUCUGGGACUGGAUAUUAUAUGAAGAGAAAAGUUCUAUUUGCAACUCCAGAUAAAGCAGAUACUGUUGAUGAAUUUACAUCAGGGUUGGGCAAAUUUUCUGAUUUGGUCUAUGAUAAGGACAGGGAAUCAGCAAAUGAUAAGCUGGGAACUGCUCAAGUUCUAGCCACUUGCACUUUUGAGGACAACUCAGAUUGGGGUAAAGAGAUUGGUUUCUCUUAUGGUUCGCUGUUGGAGAGCUCGUUCACUGGCUAUCUUCUUCACUGUAGAGGAUGGAGAUCAGUUUAUCAUUAUCCAAAUAGGCCAGCAUUCAUGGGUUGUGCACCUACAGAUCUGAAAGACGUUUCAACUCAGCUCCUAAAAUGGAUAUCUGGGUUGUUCCAAAUUGGUCUGUCAAAGUUAAAUCCAAUCACAUAUGGAAUGUCUAAUAUGUCAAUUGGCCAAAGCAUGUGCUAUGCAUACUUCAUGUAUAUAUGUCUUUAUACCAUCUCUUUGCUUAUAUAUGGCAUUCUUCCUCAGUUGUAUUUCUUCAAGGGCAUACCCCUUUAUCCCCAGGCUUCAAGCCCAUGGUUCUGGUUGUUUGUUCUGGUUUAUGCUUCUUCUCUAUUCGAGCAGCUUUAUGAAGUCUUUUGUACCGGUGGUUCUGUGAAGGUAUGGUGGAACGAGUAUAGAAUUUGGAUGAUUCAAUCGGUUACAGGACUUAUGUUUGGAGCUUUUGAUGCUUUCUGGAGCCUGUCUGGAAUGGGGAAAUUGACGUUUAGAUUGACUCCAAAGACAACAGAUGAAGAGAAGGUGAAGAAAUCAGAGCAGGGUAAGUUUGAUUUUCAAGGUGCGGGUAAGUUUGUGGUUCCUUUGGCUAUAUUGGUAGUAUUGACAGUAGUAUGCUUUGUUGGAGGAUUGAAGACCAUGUUUACAGAAAGGAGUUUUAAUGACAUGUUUGGACAGUUCAUGCUUUCUUCCUUGCUUACUUAUGUUAGCUAUUCCAUCAUCCUGGGAAUUGCAACCAUGAAGCGUUAGGUUUGAUAGACAGACAGACGCUUUACUUUUGUUGUUGUUGUUGUUUUUGUUUUUGUUGGGGACAAUUUACUUGUCUUUCUUAAAUGUAUUUAUGUGUAUUAGAUCUUCAAUAAAUGAACUUUGAAUCCUCUUAAAAGCCAUAUCUUUCUUUCUAUCUAUGAUAAUGAUAAUACACAAUAAGUUAGAUAUGUUUCAGGCUAUAAUCAGUUGCCCUCAUUGAAAACAACUGUUACUUGUUUACAAAGUUAUAUGUACACAUAAUAUAUGAAGUCAUUGAAAAAAUACAAAUAAAAUAAAAAUAUGUACAUAUAUAUAUAUGAGACAA